AAACGCGAUCCGCAAAAGCUCGUUUCCUAACGUUCCUUUUAAGUAGACCGGAACCUGAGUUCCCGCAGCAUUCGAGAUAUCAACCCGGGUGGCAGAUUUCUAGGCAUCAAAAUAGAUUGACAAUCCAACCACCUCUUAACCCGGGAACAUAUCCUCCAGCUCCGAAGCUCACAUGGUCUGCGCUCACUCUGCAGCGCUGCUGGGGCACCCUUUAGGCGGCAGUGGCCAUUACAUUGACGUUUGCAAGACCGCUAUAUAACCCUGAUCAAGCCUCUCUCCUCGCUCAAUGCCCGUCAGCUGUCAACGAAGAAGCAAGAACCUAUCAUAAAACACCCUCCCGGCAAAGUAAGGGAGAAAGCACACAAUGAAGACCGGUCUGAUCACAGCGCUCUUCGCAGGCGCGGCCCUCUCCUCGCCGAUGGCGGCAGCCGACGACGGUCCGGUGUCGACGCCGUCGCCCACGACGCUGCAGCCGGGCGCAUACUGGAUCCGCGCGGUGGUGCCGCCCAACUACCACAAGUACCUGCAGACCAAGCCGGCCAACGUGGCCGGGACGGCCAUCCUGGACUCGCACACCACGGCAGGGCAGUUCAACGUCGAGGACGGGCAGCUGGUCAACAAGGUAUCCAGCCCGCCGCUGUACCUGUGGGUCGAGGAGCCCGCCGACAAGGCCAGCCCGCCGCCGCGCACCCUGGCCACCUUCUUCAACACCACCCGCAACCCGUUCGGCACCUUCGCGUGGCAGGGCGACACCCUCACCUGGUCUGUGCCCAGCAUCAAGCGCCAGAACGUGGCCGCCUGGCUGGUGUGCGCCAACCAGGCGCUUUUUAUCAACACAGGAGCGUACGGCUACCAGACGCCGGCCGGAUGCGCGGACCAGACGGUGGGGUUUCUUUUUUUUCUUCUUUCCCCCCCUCUCCUCUUUUGUUUGCCUUCAGCAUCUUCUGAUAUCUUUAACUGUAUUACUGUGUUAUUUGUGUGCUGCCGCUCGCUCGAAUGAGGCUGACCGAGGUGUUUCUUGCCAGAUCCAUUAUUAUAACGACAAGACGGCAAAUAACUGAGCUCGGCUGAGGGUUUGGUGGUGUGCUGCUUACGUAGGAGAUCAUUCUGCAGUUGCUGCGUCGCAGUCCGAGUUCUCUAUUUAAGACGGCGGAAAGAUAGAUGAGCGUCUUCCAUACGUCGCCGGACCUGUUGGCCGCCCAGGUAGCAAUUCGUGACCAUUGGGCGAGCGUUGAGACUUGAUUAGCUUUGAUGACCUUAGAAAAACACAGAGGCUUUCUAGGACUCAAAAUGUGUCAUGUAUCUCGAGCACGACCGGUCCAAUUUGAGAUGGUCUGACCAGAUGGCAGAAGGGGACUGUGGAACACCCGGAACCACCGUUCAAUCUUAGUAUCCAAGACAGCUUCCCCCAGUUUCAGCCAAGAU